AUGCUCACACCUUCUCAUUCACUAUCACUUCUCCAUUUGAUGCUCACUAGUUGGUUUCUAACAAUCUUGUUAUUCUAUACGAAACCUAUCGUCUCAUUAUCCUCCUCUUCUUCUUCAUCUUUUAUUCAAUACAUUUCCAGCAACAAAAUUAAUGAAUUAAAUUCCUCUACCAUUAUUAUCGGAGCAAAUAAUUUCAUCAAUUUAUAUCUAUGGAAAGAUUUAGAAAUUUAUUCGAUAGGUCAAUUACUUAAUUCCACUAAUUCUCAGAAAGAAUUAAACUUUUUUUCAUAUGACACGAAUGGAAUUUCAGAAAAUGAUAUGAUUAGAAUGAUUCGAAUACUUCAAUCUAAUAAUUUUGCACUCAUUCCAUCCAAAUGGAAGUUUAAACAAGUUGUCAUGCAGAAAAACACCGAAUGUCUCUAUGGAAGUUUAUUCGAAAGGUUUGAUAUUCUAAUUGGGACUGCUGAUGAGUUUGCUGAGAGAGUGAGAUUGAGUAGAGGUCAUCAACAGAGGAGAAAGAAAUCUUUCGAAUAUUUAAAUCCUAAUGAUUUUUAUAUCAUUCCACUUUUUCCUAGAAAUUUCUAUAUUGUUACAAUGGAAAAUUACAAUCAUUUGAAUUUAUUCGAAAGUGAAUUUUACAAUUAUUUCAUUUCGAAUAGUAGAUACAAUCAAACAAAUUGUCUAGAAAGUAUCAAACAUGAUUCGUCCAUUAUCGAACAUUUACAUGGAAUUCUCUAUUUCACAUCUUUACAAAUUGACUGGAGUUUACAAUAUUUCAAUAUUUCACACAUUCCUUACAAUAAUUCAAUAAUUUCCAACUUUAUAUUUUCAAAUCUCUUUGAAAGUAAUGACUAUAUUUGGAAUUAUUCCAAAGUUUCACAACACUUGUGGGAAUCCACUUGUUAUCAUUGCACAACCACUUCAUGUGUGGCUGAGAAUUGGACAUGGGGUGAUUCAUUGGAUUUGACAGUUGUGUGUAGCGGAGUUUUAUUCUAUGCAAUUCUAUUAAUUUCUGGAGCUUUUAAAUCUCCGGUUGUGUAUAGAAAAUAUGGAAUUAUAUUUUUGUCACCAUUUCUAAAUAUGGGAUUAUUUACAGCCUUGUUGAAUGCAUUUAAUAAUUCAUGUAUUUCUCUGGGAACUAUAUUUUCAAAUUAUGCUGCUUGUUUGAUGAAUAUUAUUUAUAUUUGUACUGUUUUGAGAUAUUUCUAUUUAAGGAAUUUAUAUAAUUUUGUUAAGAGUUCAAAAUAUCCAUCUUUGUACAAAUAUUUGGCUGGUGAAAUGUUUGGAUUCUUCUUUACAAUUAUCAUUCCAAUGAUUUUUACUUUAAUAUUUCCAAUUACUAUAAUUGUACUUGUUGGCGAUUACAAUGCUGAUUUAUUUAAUUUGGCAAAUAAUUUAAUAAUUGCAAUUUUGGCAGCUGUUUCAUGCAUUGCUGGAUUUUCAACUUUAAUUUUUGAUGCUAUUAAGAAUAGAAAGAUAAUUUCCAAAUUUGGAUUUUCAAGAUUUUUCAUAUUUGAAGAUCCUUACUUUUUUAGAAUUGACUUGUUAUCACUUCCAAUAAUUUUCUUAUUACUUGUUUUAUUGGCAAUUAUUUUCAUGAUUGCACCAAUUUAUGUUCUAAUUGUCAGAUUCCUAAUUGGGAUGACAUUAUAUCUCUUAUUUGGAACAAGUUUAGUAAUGUUAAUUGUUGAACAGUUGAAAUUUAAAACAUUUAGAAUUAAAUCAGCAAAUGAUGAAGUUAUUGACAAGAAUCAACAAGAAGAUAUUACUAAGGAAUAUAUUGAAAUGAUUAAGGAAAAUAAGAAUGAAGAUUUGUGUCAACUUUUUAAAUUAUACUGUCAAAAGUCAUUGGCAUUGGAAAAUUUAAUGUUGAUGGAUGUAUUGAUUGAAAAAAAGAGAAAAUCAACAAGUAUUUCAGUAGAGGAUAUGAAACAUAUUAAGGAAGAAUUUUUAAUUUCCUAUUCUGCGUAUGAAGUUAACAUUUCCUCACAAGUGAGACAAAAUUUCGAACAAAACUUGCAAGAUGCUUUAUCGAAGAAUGAAGCAAAGGUCAACAAUGAAAUUCUCACAGAUUUAAUGGUGGAAAUUGAGACAAAUAUCAAGUCAACAUUUAUGCGUUUUGCCAAGACAAGUGAAUUUUUGGAAUGGCAAGAAAUUUACUCUUUACAAAAAGAAAGAGCAGUUUUGUAA